AUGGACUCUUCUCUCAACAACAAAACCCUCUUAGACGCGUUUAUUGCCAUCGCCCGCUCUCGCGAUGUCGACCGCAAGGCCGUCGAGUGUGGCGAGGAACAAUGCACCUAUGGCGAGCUCGACACGGUCUCCACAGGUAUCGCCCUUGGCAUCCACCAAAAGUUUGGUUUGAAGCCAGUUGUUGCUAUCAUCAGCGAGAACCAUCCUUACGUGCUGGCCACCAUCCUUGCCAUCUGGAAACUUGGCGGCAUAGUUGCCCCACUGGACCAAAACGUUCCUCGUGAUAUCAUGGAACGCAUGUUGCUCAAUAUCGCACCUACGUGUGUCCUAAUGCCAGCUACUGAGCUGGGCGUUCAGAAUGUUGUGAAAGAAAUGUCCCUCACGCCUUUCCCAUAUGACCCUAAGGACUCGACCAUAACAGCCCUUAUGCAGAAGUAUCUUGAACAAUCCCCCGAGAUGUCUGCCCACACAUUCCCUGCGCCUACUGGUGAAGAUAUCGCCUUGUAUCUCCACACCUCAUCGGCCUCCUCUGUAAAUAACGUCAAGUGUGUUCCAUUAACGCAUCAAAGCGUCCUCGCUGGAUCUCAAUCUCGCCUUUCGUGGUGGAAGCGUACAUGGCCUCAGCAAAACUUCGAGCACCUGCGCGUCCUUGGAUGGUCUCCUUGGUCUCAUGUCAUCGGCCUCUCGCACGAUCUCGGUGCGGCCAUGAUUCUUAGCGGUGGUUGUUAUAUUUUCUCCAUCGUUCCUUCUGCAUACGGCUCCUCUUCUGGAAGCAAGGCAUCAAGGUAUCUCGACGUUUGCGGUCAAUUGUUGGAGACCGCUAUCAAAAUGAAGCCCACUGCUUUCGCUGGCGUUCCAUGGGUUCUAGAGGGAUUCAUGAGGACAUACAAAGGCGAACUCGAUCCUGCUCGGAGGGUUCGCAUCCACGACGCCAUCAAGUCUUUCAAGGUCUUUGGAUCCGGUGGUGCUUCUACCAGCGCUGAGUGCAUUGAGUGGGCCAACCAAUUGCAGAUUCCUUUGGUGCUUGAUAUUGGAAUGACGGAACUAGGAGGUCCGCUGUUCCACUCCACUACCAAUGGAACCGAAGGAUGGUAUAGCAAGGAUUGUCUCCUCUCCGAUGCUACCCUUUCCAUCAUCAACGAAGACGGCAAAGUUUCUGAUACUGAAGGAGAGCUUGUCAUUAGAAGUCGCUUCAUCACUAAGGGUUACCUUCAGUAUGACAAUUCGCCUUUCACUGUAGAGGACGACGGUACCGUCUCUUUCCGCACAGGCGACAUCUAUGGUUAUGUCGCCGACCAACGCUUAGUGUGGAAAGGUCGCAAAGAAGAUUACAUUCAGAUGAGCUCUGGAGAAACUCUUGACCCACGCGUGGUAGAGGCUAUCUUGGACCAAUGCCCAGCAAUUGCUCGUUCAUGUGUUGUUGGAAACAAUUUCCUGAAGACCUCGUCGCAAGUUGUCUGUGCUAUCAUUGAGCCAGCCAAGGAUUUAUCCGUCUCUCCUGAGGCCCGUCUCUCUGAGAUUACCCGUGCCAUUUCUGUUGCCAACCGAGGGCUCGCCCCUCCUUUGCGUAUUUCCUGGGCUCGCGUCUUGGUUCUUAACCCUGACCAACAAAUCCCUGUUACAAAGAAGGGGGCCAUCUUCCGCAAGAAACUCGAUGCGAUGUUCGGAGAACAGUUGUCGUCGUUGUUGAGUCGGUCCGCAGAAGGCAUUGCCCCACAGACGGAAACCAAAUCGGCCUCUUCUAAUCGUGCUGAAGGCAAGACCAAGGAUCAGAUUGCUAGCAUUGUCUCGAGCAUCGUUUUCGAGACUCUUCAUAUCACUGAAGAGACUUUGGAAAACAACAGCCAGGCCACCUUCGCUGAACUUGGAAUGGAUUCUGCCAUGUCAACGAUGAUUGUCAACAAGCUGAACCGCCAACUCGACCUCAGCUUGCCUUUGAACACCUGCCACACUCAUAUCGACCUUGACUCGUUGAUUAAAGCCAUCAUCUCCGAUCUGGGUAUGGAUGGGCCUUCUUCCAAGGCUCGUCCUUCUACGAGGGUAGUUCCUUUGAACAAGCCCAAAGAAGAGAUUGUGAUCGUCGGCCAAGCAGUCCGCUUACCCGGAGAUAUCAACAGCACAGAGAGCUUCUGGCAAGCCCUCGUUGACCAGCGCGAGGAUAUUAUCACCGCUGUCCCUCCAUCGAGAUGGGACCACGCCAGCUUCUAUCGUGCACCGGACUCCAAGGAACCACCUUCACCUUGCGAUAUCACUCUUGAGAAGGCUGGUUUUGUCGAAUACGAGAGCUUCGAUCACUCAUUCUUCGGGAUCUCGUCAGCUGAGGCCUUUCAUGUCUCUCCUAACAUCCGUCUGUCUUUGGAGAUCGCGUUCGAGGCUCUGGAGAAUGCCAACAUCACUCCUUCUAAGAUUAAGGGCACCAAUAUGGCCGUUUUUGUCGCCGCUUCCAUGGAUGAGGGCUACCUCAAGCUCCUGUUUGCUGAUAAAGGCUGGGGUGCUUACACUAGAUUUUACGGCACCGGUGUUGCCACUAGCACUGCCUGUGGACGCCUCAGCUAUUUGCUCGAUAUCCAUGGCCCUUCGAUAACGAUUGACACCGCCUGCAGCUCAGGUUUGAUCGCCUUUGAUCAAGCUGUCCAAUACCUACACUCUGGAGAAGGAGAAUCCGCGAUUGUUUGCGGAGCUAAUACCCACGCGUGGCCUGGCACUCUUGGCUUUUUGUCUGCCCAAAAGAUGACCUCAGCAAACUCUCGUUGUGCAACCUUCACAAACAUGGCAGACGGGUACGUCCCGUCUGAGGCUGCUGCAGGCCUCAUCUUGAAGACGAAAAGCGCUGCCUUGAGGGACGGCGAUAGGAUCAUUGGCGUGGUUAGGUCAACUGAUGUCAAACAUGACGGAAGAUCUCAAGGUCUCGUUGCUCCGAACGUUAAAGCUCAGAUUGCCAUGCAAAUUGCCCUUCUGGAAAAGGCUCAACUUUCGCCUUCUCAGAUCGAUUUUAUCGAGUCGCAUGGAACUGGUACAUCUUUGGGAGACCUUAUCGAGAUUCAAGGAAUCAAUGAGGUGUUUGAGAAAUCCCAUUCGCCCGACCGACCUCUCGUUGUCGGCGCUGUGAAAUCGUGUGUCGGACAUGCCGAAUUAGUCGCUGGGUUGAUUGGAGUUCUUAAAACAUUGGGAUCCUUCACCAACGAAACGAUGCCGGGUCUUGUUCAGCUGACCAAGGACAACAUGAACCCUUCGCUUGAUUGUAGCGUCGUCCCUCUUCACAUUCCUUAUGAAGAAGUACCCCUCAAAACGGAGAAUUCUCUUCCUUUGCGCGCCCUUAUUCUUUCAAACGGCUUUGCAGGCUCCAUCGCUGGCGCCAUUUUGGAAGCUCCCACAGAAGACAUGAAGCCUCGCCCUUCGCCCUCUAUUCCUGAGUCUAUCCCAAUGAUGUUUGUUGUCAGCGCGAAGACUCAAGACGGCCUCACUCAAUACCUCGAGAAUUAUCUUGAUUUCUGUCUCAAUGCGCCUGCGUCCGAUUUCCAUUCAAUCUGCUACACAACUUGCAUUGGCCGUGAACAUUAUCGUUACCGCUUUGCUUGCGUUGUUUCGAAUAUGCAAGAUUUGAUCGCUCGCCUCGAGGACCGUCUCCAGAACACAUCCUCGCCUGCUGGAGGAAAUGCGCGUCGCAUUCUACUUGGAUUCCCAGGACAAGGUUCUCAAUAUCAAGGUAUGGGUCGCUAUUUGGCCAACCAGUAUUCCGGAUUCCGCAAUAUCAUUACGGACGCGGCAAAUAAGGCCUCGGCGUUGACUGGAUACCCGAUCCUUCCUUACCUUGUCGAAGAAUCUUCACCUAGCAAGCUUUCCAUCGAUCAAAGUGAGGUCGCGCAAGUUUGCAUCUUCAUUUUCCAAUAUGCCAUUUCCAUGUGGCUCGAGAGCAUUGGUAUUCAGGCCCAUGCUGUCAUGGGACACAGUCUUGGAGAAAUCGCUGCAGCGGUCGUUGCUCGUGCAUUCAGCUUCGAAAUCGGUUUACAGUUUGUGGUCAUCAGAUCCAAACUUCUCCGAGCGGACCCUGCUAAGCCGGCGGGAAUGGCUGCUAUCGCUGCCUCUGAAGAUAAGGUCGCUCGUUACAUCGAUACUCUCGGCAUCAAAGACCGCGUUGCGCUUGCUGUAUAUAACGGCGCAGAUGCUCACGUUGUAUCUGGAGAAUUGAAGGCAAUCGAAAAGCUUAUGGCUGCUGUGAAACGGGAUGGGCUUAGGACGACAAAGCUCAACAUCGAUCAAGGCUUCCACAGCCCAUCCAUUGCACAUGCCUUGCCUGCUCUCAGGACUUGGUUGGACGAGCACGACGCCGCUAUUAGCAAACUUGAGAAACCAUUCUUCUCAACGCUACGUGGCAAGGAGAUACCAAAGCAUCAGUGUCUUGAUACUCAAUACUGGGUCGAACAUGCUCAAAACCCAGUCAGAUUCGUUCAGACCGCCCGAGUCGCCACCAAGACAUCCUCGGUUGAUGUUAUUGUCGACGUUGGACCUCAACCAACUAUCUGGUCGAACAUGCAAACACCCGAGUUCGCUGGCAAAUCACGCCUUGCCUUUACUGGCAAACGGGGCAAGGAUCAAAUCGUCGCGAUGCUUGCCGCUCUUGCCUCUCUACAUGAGAAGGGCUUCACAAUCGAAUUCGAUGCCUUAUUCGCCCAAAUGCCGUACAAGUUUGUGACAACGGAUCUCCCAACAUACCCCUUCCAACGCCUUUACAAUUAUCCCGCAUACAUCGCAUCUCGCAAUUCAGUUCUGAUUUCGGCACCUCAGCAACAAGCUUCCAGCAUGCAAACCAAGGCUGCACCAGCUUUCGUCGUCGACCAGGCUCUUUGCGAUUUCUUGGACCUCCACAAGAUCGAAGGUCGUCGUGUCUUACCAGGCGCUGCUAUGGUGGAUUUCUUUGCUCGUGCCUCUCCUACUAAGGCUGUGAAGACUGUUCGCUUCCACACGCCUCUCAUUUUGGAAACUCCAGAGACCCAAGUGCGCUCUGAGAUUGACGAGCAAGGGGCAUUCAAGCUUGUUCAGCAAGAUCUCGAGAAUACGCAUAUUUGCUCAGGAACUCUGUCAGAGAAGCCCUCCUCCCACUCUUCCAAGGCGUUGAACAAGGAGCCCGAAGUUAUUCCUUCUCAAAUGAUGUCAAAGGCUCAGAUCUACGAAUGUUUCAAGAACGUUCAGUUCGGCGAUCCUUUCCGCACUGUUCAGGAAGUGAGAAUCUGGGACGACCACGCCGACGGAGAUAUUCGCGUCGAUGUUACCGGAAAUCCUGCGCACGAUCGCAUUAGGAAGCUUGACGCGUGUCUUCACAUGUUCGGAGCUAUAUCUUCUAGGGUUGCUCCUCCUAUGGACGACAGCGCUGGAGCUUAUCUCCCUGCUUCUCUGGAAGAUUUCGCUUUGCACACUGACGAUAUGCCAUACAACUUCACCUGCCGUUACAAACUUCCCCUGGAGGUUGGUCGUGGCGCCCGUCUUUUGACCGCAUCGUUCGAAGUCUUUUCAGAGACGGGGACUCUUCUUGUGUCAUGCAAGAAGUAUUCCGUUGCUUGGGUUCCUCGCGGUGUGGUCCACAAGGAGCAGAAGCCAAACACAGUAGCCAAAAACUGGUUCCGAAAUGGAUGGGCUAGCCAGAGCCUCCCACCUCAAACCACUCCCGUCCAUCGCUUCGAUGAGCUGUUGUAUUUGGGUAAUGGCAGCGCGUCCAGAGUUCUGGCUGCUCUCUCUUCAUCGGCCAAGGAUGCUAUCUCUGUUGAGCUUCCGCACUUGUCUCACGACGACGCGAAGGAGCAUCCCAAGGUCAAAUCAGUACCAUGCAGCAAGCUCGAGACUCUUCCUUCUACUUUGCGAGGCCAAGAUGUUUUGGUUGUUCUCGACCUUUCGAAGUCGGUCAAUCUUCCUGGCUCUGAAGGGUUCAGCACCUUAUGUUUGGAAGUUCUUUCGUUCUUGAAGCUGAUGAUCGCUCGUAAGCUUCACAUCACAAGCUUCUUAGCCCUUACUUGCGCUUCUACCCCUGUCGAUCUUUACAAAGAAGGACUCGAUCUCUUCUCGGACUCCAAAAUAUCCCCCGCCUCUCUCAUUGGUGCCGUUCUUCAGGGCAUGGUGCGUGUGUUCCGACGUGAAAGUGGUCUCGACCUCGCUGCUUGGUGUUUGGACCUUCCCCACCUUGAUACCUUGAACUCUCACAAGCUGCAAGAAAUCUUGAAGAACGAGAUCCAGGCCCGUUACAAUUCCACCUAUGCCGACGCCUUCGUUAGCUAUCGUCAGAACGCCCCUGACCAGACUCUCACUCGCUUGGUCCCUACUCUGGAAGAAAUUGAGCAAACUCCUUCCAGAUCGCCAUCAGGAACGACGGUUAUUGUUGGCUUGGGAAGUAUUGGGAUCGCGUUGGCUGUCAGUCUGGUCGAGUCGGGCGUUAAUCAGGUUGUGUUUUUCGGGAGAAGGGAGGAGUCCAACGAAGCGAUUCGCAAGGAGCUUUCCAACCUCCCAGAAAAAGUCAGGGCUCAUUGCCUUUACCAGCAAGUCGACGUUUGCGACUUGAAGUCGGUCAAGAAGGCCUUGGCCGACAUCAACUACGUCCAUGGGGGCAUUAAAAACAUUAUCCACGCCGCCGCUGUAGUCAACGAUUCCACCAUCAAAUCUACGAACCCCUCAGCAUUUGAAGGCGUCCUUCGUCCCAAGGUCGUCGGAUCGUGGAACCUGCAUCUUGCCAGUCAGGAACUCAAUCUUGCCCUGGAUUCUUUCGUUCUUUGCAGCAGCACAAACGUCCUUGUUGGAAACCCUGGCCAAAUUGCCUAUGUAUCCGCUAAUUCAUUCAUGGACUCUCUGGCCGCGUAUCGUCACAACUCAGGAUUGCCUGGAACGUCCCUGCAAUUGGGGGCUUGGGAAUCAAAGUUGAUUAGCAACAUUGAUAUGAACAACAGCUUCGCGUUUCUCAUGAAACACGACGAAGGUCUCCCUCUCAUCAUGAAGGCUAUGAUGAUUCCUAUCCCUCUGCAGGUCAUUGCCCGUAUGGAUCCGACUAAGCUGGCUGCCACUCCUGCCUAUGCCAAGGAUCCCUUCUUCGCGCCUUUCCUCUCUACGCCCAAAGCUUCAAGCAAGGCCAAGCUCUCGGAAGCAGAGGCGAAGAAGAUUAUUACGAACAUCUUGCGUGUUGCUCUUGAGUUGCAACCCAGCGAACAACUUGGUAUGUUAUCUGAUUUCUUUCAAAUCUCUUGUUCCUUUCUGACCAUGAAACCAAUAGAUAUCGCAGAGCCUUUGACUUCAUGUGGAGCUGAUUCUAUCACAUUUGCUCAAUUCAAAGGACAGGUUCUGAAGGAGUUCGAGGUUGACAUCCCGAUGGUUUACUUGUCCGAUGCCUACUCUAUUGGCGACAUGAUCAACCACAUUCUCGAGAACUACGGAGCGGCUUGA